AUAUACCACAUAGUCACCUAAUAUAAAUAGUUCCAUUAUUAGUAGAAGAAGAAAAAUAAAAAGGCAAAAGGGAGUUGAAAAAGACUUUUAGCAAAAUGGGAAGUCUUCAAACAAAAAAUCAUAAAAACAAUCCAAAUGCCAAAAUUAUUGAAGAGUUGAAGUAUAAAGUAAGGUUACUUCAAAAAGAGGUAAGUGAAAUAAUGUGUAUAAGGGAAAAUGAGAGUGAAAUUUACAAUCAAGAAAUGAUUGUUUUUGCACUAAAAGAAGAAGAAUGGAAGCAAGAAAAGAAGAAACUUAAUGAAGAAUUAAAUGAUUUGAAGAAAAAAUUGGAUGAUUAUAAAGAAGAUAAAGAUAAAGUGGAAAAUCAAGAAUUGGUAAGUGAAAAAUGUGAUAAUAAAGAGUGUCAUAUGUUGGUGAGAAAUUCAUUGUUGGAGCAAAUUAGAGAAGAGGAAGUUAGAAGAGAUGAAGCUAUUGAGAAAUGGAAAAAUCUCUAUUUUGUUAUUAAAAAUGAGCUUGAUGAACUUAUUCAAAGGACAAAUCAAGGAGAAAGACUCUGCUGGAGAAAAGAGGAAGUUGAAUUAUUAGAAGAGCUACAUAUGGAGUUGAAAGCAAAAGAAGAAGUCAUUGCACAUUUAAAAGAAAAAAUUGCUUCAAUGGAGAAACAAGAAGUUAAGAGGGAGAGGGAGAUUGAUAUUUUGAGGCAAAGUUUGAAAAUUAUGAGUUACAACAAAAAGGUUUCUAGCCUAUCUAAAGUUUUUUACAAAAACUAGAAUUUUCUACGAUGUUCUGUAUCAGACUCGAUCUUGUGUGAACACGAGAUACUUUGUGCACCGAACUGAUUGUUUAUUACAAUUUCAAUGCAUUGGAAAGCAAAGAUCAUAGAAAUACCAAUAUUUGUUUGGUUUCACUAAGGUAUAAUGUGUACUCAUAUGAUAUGUACUUCUCAUGAGGAACAAUGUUACUUGCUAGCCUCAUUUAGCAAUUUAGUAUAUAUUUUGGUUAA